AUGUCUGACAACUUCUUUAUUAAGAAUAAAACAGCAAUUAUAGUCACUGCAUUGGCAGUAAGUUCAGCUGUUGGUGCUUAUUGGUUUUACAACCAACUGCAAGCAACAUCAUCAUCAUCUGGUUCAAAAGACCUUGGUAGUGACAGUACCACUACUGGCUCAUCAUCAAGUAAGAAGAACAAAAAGAAGAAGAAGAGCAAGAACUCAUCUUCACCAGAUCCAGAGACCCCUUCAUCCGGUAACAACCAUAAAAAAUCACCAAAAUAUCCAGUAAAUUCUCAAGGAUUGCCUGAAAUCACGUCAGAUGUUGUCAACAGGUUAUCAGAACAAGAAAAGGAAGAAUGGGCUGUUCAAUUGAAAGAAGAUGGAAAUACUGAAUUCAAAAAUAAACAAUAUGAGGCUGCUAUCGCAUACUAUACUGCUGCUUUACAAUUGAAAGAAGAUCCAAUCUAUUACUCCAACAGAUCUGCAUGUUAUGCUGCUCUAGAAGACCAUGAAAACGUCAUUAAAGAUACCACUGCAGCAAUCAAAUUGAAGCCAGAUUAUACCAAAUGUAUUUUGAGAAGAGCCACUUCUUACGAAAUUUUGGAAAGAUAUGAAGAUGCCAUGUUUGAUUUGACUGCAUUAACUAUUUAUGGUGGUUUCUCCAACAAAUCGGUUGAACAAAUUUUGGAAAGAGUGUUGAGAAAACAUUCAAUUAAAAUUGUUGAUCAGAAGGAGAAGGUUUUAGCAUUGCCUUCAGCUGCUACAAUCGGAUCCUUCUUUGGUGCUUUUGCUGAUGAAUCUCAAUUGACUGAUGUUGAUGAAAAUAGUCAAGGUGGAGGUAAAUUUUUGUAUGAUGCUUUUGCCAAAAUUAAGGGGAAUGCCAGAGAUGGGUAUGAAGAAGCUGAUACUUUGAUUAACCAAGCUGUUUCAGCAUUGGAAGAAGACGCAUCUAAAAAGGACACUUAUGCCAUCGCAUUGGAGUAUGCUUCGGCAUUCCAAUUUUUGAAAAAUGACCCAACCACUGCUGCUGAUUUGAUCAACAAGUCCUUAUCAAUCCAACCAAGACCAAGGGCUUAUGUGUUUAGAGCAUUGAUCAAUGCUGAUAAAUCAUCUUAUGAUGAAGCGUUGAAAGAUUUCAAGUUAGCGGAAAAAUUGGACCCAAACUCUCCUGAUAUUUACUACCAUUUGGGUCAAUUACAUUACCUUACUGGUGAUUUAACGAAUGCCGAAGUCAAUUUCAAAAAGGCCAAAUCUUUGAACCCCGAUAAUGUUUAUGCGUAUAUUCAAUUGGCUUGUAUUGCAUACAAGAAUGGUCAACAAGAUGAUGCCAAUGAGAAAUUCACUGAAGCUAAAUUGAAAUUCCCAACUAGUCCAGAAAUCCCCAACUAUUAUGGUGAGAUCUUGGCUGAUAAAGGUGAUGUUGACAGUGCAUUAAGACAAUUUGAUAUUUCAGCUAGAUUACAGGAAAAAUUGGAUAGAUUUAGUGUUGGUGCUUUACCAUUAAUCAACAAAGCCACUGUCAUCUCAAGGGAAAGUUUGGAAAGAAUUGAUGACGCUGAAUCCUUAUUGACAAAAGCUUGUGAAUUGGAUCCUAAAUCGGAAUUGGCCAGAAUUUCAUUAGCGCAAAUUAAAUUACAGAAAGAUGAAGUUGAUGAUGCAAUUACUCUCUUUGAAGAAAGUUGUGACUUGGCUAGAUCAAUCGAAGAGAAAAUUCAAGCUAUUUCAUUUGCCGAAGCUACUAAAAUGCAAAAGAGAAUUAAAAAUGAUCCUAUUUUGACUGCAAAGAUUGCUGAGUUGAUGAGACAAGGUGGUGCUUUGUAA